UGCAAAUUCGAAAUAAUGGCAUUCACGAGUGUCAGCCAGUUUAUUCAUCAUUCAGAUAUAUUCCUCAGUCAGGGUAACUUGAAAAUUUCUAUAUUAUACUAUUUUUUGUCCUCAAGAAAAAUCCAAAUAAUAAAUACAGAAAAAAAAAAACAACAUCAAUGAUACAAAAUUUUAUAUCAAGGUUAUUUAAUUUAAUUUCAUGAUUAAAUGCAUCAGAAAAAUUAACAAAUGUAUGUAAUUUUUAUAAUUUUUUUUUACUCGUGUGUGCUUGUGAAUGACCUUUGAAUUUUUUUUUUUUUUUUUUGCAAUUUACACCUAACCUAACUUGACAUCUAGAGAAAAAAAAAAAAUAAUAAAGUCGCGGGGGAGCCUUGUGUGUGUGUAAUGAUAAAAAGUCAUUUUUUUUUUAUUUAUUUAUAGCCAAAAUUAUUAUUUAAUAUAUUUUUAAAUACUGGUAUUAUUGAAGGAUAAAUUUUUGUGUUAAUUGACAUUAACAAAUAACGAUAAUUUAUCAAUUAAAUGAACUCAACAAAAAAAUUAUUGUUAACUGUUUAUCAUCAACAAAGUGUCGUUUUUCGUAACUUGCAUAUUGCAAAAUUAAACAAGGAAUUUAAGAUUCUUCAUAUGUCGGAAAUACCAACGAAGUAUUUACUUCGUGGUAAUUUGAAAAAGUGUUCAUCAACACCAAAAGCUUUUUAUUCAACAUUUGAAAAAUUAUUGAAAUCUAAAAAUUCAAGUAAACGUGAUUCUAAAAAAAAUAAAAUGGAGCCAAUAUUAGAAUUGUGUUUAUCGAAAAAUGAUUCAUCAAGACAAAAUAAUUAUGUUAGUAAUAAUAAUAUACCAUCAAAUCACUAUGUAAUGAGUAAAAAAAAGUACAAUGAAAUAAGACAAUGGAAAACAAUUGAAAAAGGAACAUCGUUCAAUGCUGACACUGAUUUUGCACUACGUUUAUUGUCAUACAAUAUUCUUGCUCAAAAUUUAUUGGAAACACAUUCGUAUCUUUACAAAAAUCAUAAUUACAGGGCACUUGAUUGGAAACACAGAAAAUUUUUGAUACAACAAGAAAUUCUCAAUGCAAAUGCAAACGUAAUAUGUAUUCAAGAAAUGCAAGUGGAGCAUUGUCAAGAAUUUUUAGUGCCAUUGAGAAAACAAGGUUUUGAUUAUUUGUAUAAAAAACGUACUAAUGAUACAAAAGAUGGUUUAUUGAUGCUUUAUCGUCCAAGUCAACUUAAGCUGGAAGAUUAUUCACUUGCUGAAUUUCAUCAAACAAAUAGUGAUAUAUUAAAUCGUGAUAAUGUUGGAAUUGUUGCUAAAUUUUCAUUAAGAGAAAGUCCAGAUACACAUAUUGUUAUUUCAACAACACAUUUAUUGUAUAAUCCAAAACGAAAUGAUGUUAGACUUGCACAAACACAAUUAUUAUUUGCUGAAAUUGAAAGAGUUGCUUUUAUCGAAAAUACUGUAAAUGGUCCAAAGUAUCAUCCAAUUUUGCUUUGUGGUGAUUUUAAUCUUGUGCCACAAUCAGGUGUAUACAAAUUUAUAACUGAUGGAUCAUUUAAAUAUGCUGGUAAAGGACGUAGUCUUGAUGAUAUAUCUCAUCAUAAAUUAACAAAUCAAUUGAUACCAUCACAUUUACGAGUAACUGACAAUUGUGAACAUUUUGAUUUAUUAAAAAAAAGAAUAUCACAUGAUAAUAAUGAUAGAUAUUCAAGACCAGUUAAUGAUAUUGAUAGAAAUACAUCAAGCUAUCAAAAUAUUGAAUUGACAAAAGGUAAAUUUGCAAAAUUUUCAUCUGGCACAUUAUCACAUCCACACAAAUUGACAAGUGUUUAUAAACACAAAAAUGAUAAUGGUGAAUUUGAAGCAACAACACAUCAAGAUGAAUGGAUAACUGUUGAUUAUAUAUUUUAUUCACAAGUUGAAGUUCUUGAUCGUUAUACAUUACCAACUGUAUCUGAAUGUGAAAAAUUAUCAUUUAUUCCAAAUUUUAUUGUUGGAAGUGAUCAUGUUUGUCUUGGUGCAACAUUUAAACUUAAAAAAAAAAAUUUUGAUAAAAAAAUACAAUAUUUAACAUCUUGAUUAUAAUUAAAAACAAAAUAAGUUGGACAACUUUGAUGAACGAUAUCUGAGUUACGACUGACAGUUAUUGUUGAAUUAAAAUGAACAAUAGUCGAUUAAAUGGUGAAUUUAUUUUUUAUUUUUUUUUACAUAACGCCGGAAAGAAACGAGCUAGUUUCACUUGAUGAUUGCAUAGACAAUAUUUAGAAUGGAUCAAACUCUUUUAUUUGGUGACAAGUGAUGCGAAAAAUUUAGAGUAUUUAUUGUUGAAUAUUUAAAAAUAAAUAAAAAGUAAAAUAUUCAACAGUGAUUUAUAAAAUUAUGUUAUGUAAUUUCACUUGAGAAAAAUUAUUUAUAAUUAAAUCAAAAUUCGAAAAUGGUUUUUUUUUUUUCGUAGAAAUUAUUAUAUUGAUGAAUAAUUUAAUUUUAUUUGUUAUUUAAUUUAUUUAUAUUUUUUUUUAUUGUAAAUAUUAUUUUUAUUAUUUUUUAAUAAGAUAUUUAUUAGACAAAAAAAAAAAACAAUACGAUUAGAAAAUACGAUAUUUUCUGCAACUUCAUUGAACCCGGUAAUAAAGUGAAAGCAAAAAAUUUUUUCCAGACUAGUGAAUAUAAAAAAUAAUUAAAUUAAUGAUUGUCAUUUAAUUUAAAUGUAUAAUAUUUAAUUAUAAUUUUAUAUUAAUUUUAUUGGAAUUUAUUUUCGCUUGUGGUGAUGAUAGGGGAAAUCAGAAAAAACUUUUACUUGGAAAAUAAAAUAAAAAUGAUAAUUUAAA